UCUCGUCUCCUCUCCCCCGCUCUCUUCUCUCUGACUCGAGAGCCGACGGCCAUGGCCGGGUGAGGAGGAGACAGCGGCGCCGCUGCGGCUUCCUCGCUGGCGCGCGCGCUCGCCGUAGGGUGGGCGCGCCGCCGUCGAGCGAGACGUUGACGGCGCCCAGUUCUCGAGCCCCCGCGCGCACCCAAAAGGUGCUCGGGACCGUGCGGGUAUUUCUCUGCGCCGCGCUCCGGCGAGCGGCGGCGUCCAUCUCCGCCGCACAACGGUGCCACGGCGGGUACACAAGGGCCAGGAUGUAUUGAUGGAUAUCUGAGCUGCAUGGAAUAUGAAAGGAUUCCAUCAAAGAUACUCACCUAUCAAGCAUCUGAUGAUCCUCUCUAUAGUGGGUACAGGGCAGCUGUCGAAGCAUCAGUACAGGAGGAAGCUUUGUUAGGAUUUGCUAUAUGGGAGCCACCUCAUGGACCUUACAAGAUGAUGAAAUAUCCAUGGAAGAACUACACCAAAGUUGGUGGUGCGUUGAGGCAUUGCUCAUCUGCAGUCAUGGCAUUGCAUGGCUGCAUACUUUCAGAGAUUCAGGCACCACCAGAGAGUAGAAAGGUUUUCUGUGCAGAGCUUCAUAGUAGAGUGGGCGAAGAAGGUGCUAAAUUGCUGCGAGAACUUGGGCAGAGUCAAGACGAUGACGAAACUGAGCUCUCCAAACAUUCUUUCAGAACUGCACUUGGCAGCUGAAGAGCUGCAUAAGAAGAUCGACGACAAGUCUUACCUUCUCAUCAACACAUAAAGUCUUACCUUCUCAUGUAGUUUCCUGAAACUAGAAUAGAGAUAUAAGAUUUGUGAACAUUGUUACUAUCACUAUUUCAGAUAAACAAAUGAUCAAAAUAAAAAUUAUAAAUCUUCAGAA